AUGAGGCAGCCAGGGAUUUACUCCGGGAUCCUAUCCGGCGGGCUGAGCGGGAGAACGGGGCCUCACGCGCUGCCGCUGGCGAGGAUCAAGAAGAUCAUGAAGAAGUCCGGCGACGACGUCAAGAUGAUCUCGGGGGAGGCGCCCAUAGUUUUCGCCAAGGCCUGCGAGCUCUUCAUCGAGGAGCUCACGCGCCGCUCCUGGAUGGUCACCGUCCAAGGGAAGAGGCGGACCCUACACAAGGAGGACGUGGCGUCUGCUGUGGCCGCCACGGAGGUGUUUGACUUCCUCGUAGGGUUGGUCGCCGAUGAUGACAAUAAUAAUAGCGGCGGUGGUGGUGGUGGAAGUAACAGUACCAACUCGUCGUCGGUUGAGAGCCCGGAAGAAGAAAUGGCGGCCGUGAUCCGGUGA